GGGACACCUGUGGCUGCUUUUCCUUCGACAGAUUUCGGAGUUGGAAGUCAUCGAUGUUCAGCGCAACAAAGUGCUGCUGCACCACAGAAGGGCGGACAAACCAGAACAUGUCUCCAUUUUGAGCAAGAACCACUCAGAUGAGAAGGAGCGUAGCUACUGCUAUGAUGUUUGUCACAAUGGAGAUGUUUCCGUAGCUUUGCCACAAAGAAUGGAUGGCUGCCCACAGGUUGGCCGCAUUUUCAGCCGGCUUCCUUUGUCUGAUGUCCUUUCAGGAAUGCCUGCGCAUUUGUCAGCGCUGUUUUGGACAAGCACAGACCGAAGAACGUUGGUUUUGGAUGCGGCCAAAGACCAAGGUCACUGGGCGAGCGAGAACCGAAGCCUGCUUCAGAUGGCCUGCGAGUGCUUGAUUUCAUUGUUGGCAAAGAAGUCAGGGGUUCAAAGGUCAACUUUGUUGCACUUUUUCCCGACUGCAGAUCAACCUGGUUUGGCUGCCAAGCUCCUGCAUGAGCUUUUCUUUCGAGGAGUUGCCCAAAGAUGUAGGUCUUUGGAGUCUGAACAGGUGCUCUAUACAGUGGCUGGUAAACCUGCCACCAAACUGCCCAUUUUGCUUAGUCUCCACAAAGAAGUUCCCGAGGCUUUGCAGAAGCUAGAGGCUCCGGUUGUUGUGGUGAACGAAGUGGCGUUGCAGGGAUUGCUCCAGGCGGAUGGGUCUGCGCUUUUAGAGUUGACCCCGCAAUCCCUCCGGGCGUGGCUCAGAAAAAUGGACCCCACGCUUCACCAGUUUUGUGAUCCUGAGAUCCUCCUGUACGCCAUCGGUGAUGGAGCUCGCAAGUCCCAGCAGGGCCUGUACGGGGAGGACUUGGAUGGAUGCCCCCUGGCAUUGACGGCAGAUGGCAGUGUGCAUUGCUUCUCAGCUGCUACGACUUGGUUUGCGUGUUGCAGGAAUGAGGAUGACUGGGACUUGGCUCGACACCUCCCAGGUCAUAGGACCCUCAAGAAUGUAAUGAGGGCAAGUCAGGUACUUCUCCAACAUCCACAGGUUCGAGAAGUUGAUUUCGAGGCUGUGGCAGAGCUGGGUGUCCAUGCUUCAGGUGAAGCUUGGGCGGGUGCAUUUUGGCGAUGGUACCGAAGGAGAUGUUUGCAUAGGCCGGAGAUGAAGCUGGACCCAGCUCCACAUCUCCUGGACCAGUUGCAGGUGCUUUGGCACCAAGAAGCAGAUGGAUCCAUCCGACUGCAUCCACUCCAUCAGCGCCACCGAGCUUUGAGCUGCAGGGAUCUGAGGGCGCCAAUCGUCAAGUGCCUAAGAGCUUGCCACGUUUUGAUCGUCCUUGAUUGCGAUUGUCCCCCUGUUCAUGAUCCCAAUGCUUUGGCCCAUGCCCUCUGCUGGGCACGGAAGCAUCAUGGUCCGGCAGACUUUCGGAUGAGCUGCGAGGACCAAGGCUGGCGUGACCUGCUCGAGGCUUUGAUCCGAUCGCAGGUGCCAGAAGCAUCGGAGAUCGCCAAGGCCUUGCCGCUCUUCCGCAACUGGCAGAAGCAGUUGGUAACUCCAAGCCUUCAGCUGUUUCCCUUGAGUGUGUCAGAUCGGUUUCGCAAGGCGGUGUCCACUCUGUCAUUUGACCUGUUGUCCGAGAAUGACGGCCACAUCGUCCAGUUUCUUCGGAAACUGGAGGUGGUGGAGAUGGAGCCAGAAGAAGUGGCUAGGCAGGCCCUGGCUCAGAACAAAAGGGUUGAGUUCAUAGCAGAGGUCUUGUGUGCCAACUUGGAAAGCGUUCUGGCCAACAUGCCAAUCUUUCCUGUUGCCCAGCACGAGGAGCUUCUGCCAAUUGAUCAAUGCCUGCUGUGGGAUGCUGAAAAGGACUUCAAAUGCUUGACCAGGCGGCUGCGUGAAGAUGCUCGGGUCUUUGAACAGCAUUCUCACAAGCUUCUGGCCCUUGGAUGCCGGCAGCAACUGGACCUCAUGGAUGCGAUAGAAAUCGCAAAGUCUGCAGCCCACUCGAAAGAUUCGUCGUUGUCCCAGAACUUGCUCCAGAGGUUGACUCAGCUGGAAUAUCUAUGCACAGAGCCAUCAGAGCUUCAGGAGAUUCCAUGGCUUUUGUCUUCCACAUCCAAGGAGGGCAGAGAGGUUCUUUUGCCACCAAAAGACGUCUUCCAUGUUUCGGCAAAGGCUUUGGUGGGGCUUGUGAGGCCCAUCGCCUGUGGACCAGCUGAGACCUUGAAGCUACUUGGAGUAAAGAUGGAACAUGAUGUGGAUGAUCCCAUACUUCUGGAACAGCUCAAGGCUUUGACGUUGGUAGCGAAACAUCGACGUGUACAGGCGCUUGAGUGUCAAGCAGUUUACUUUCGCUUGCAUCAGGCUCCAGACUUUGAGUCGUGGAUUUGGACAGAACAUGGCUUUGCUCCACUGGAUGAUGUGUCGAAGGACCCUCAAGCAACUUCACUUUCGCCUUACAUGCAUACAUUGAUGCAUGACUGGUUGGAAUAUCCCAUCUUCUACGAGAUGAGGGAGAGGCUUUGCGUCGCCAAGCUGCUUCAAUUAUUACAGAAACUGAAGCUCUUGCAAGGAACUUCAGCUGAGGCAGAGUUAUCGAUCCUGGGUGGUGUGUGGACAUCUGUGACUCAGUUCUUUACCGGAGAGAACCAGGAGGAGAAACAAAAACGCAACUUGGAUGUGGCUUGCAACAUUCUGAAGUUGUUGCACGAGAGGAUUGGAGAGAUUCGAUCCAAACAAGAUCUUUGGAUUCCUGCACGGGACGGAGUUCUACGACAAGCCGGUGAGCUGUUCGUGCAUGAUAUGCCCUGGACCUCGCUACAUCCCGACGGGUUUCAUCUUCUUCACCGAAAUGUCCCAGAAGGCAUUGCCCGCGACUUUGGGGUCGAACCGAACAGCCUGUUGAUGCUGAGGAUGUUGAGAAAGGAUCCAUCAGGCCUUGAGGCAACAGACCCUGACCUGGACAUGCAACGACUGCGAACUUUCCAGAGCGAGCACAAGCAGAGCCAGGAGAGGCAGGAGAAGUCCCUUGCUGCCGUCUUGGAACUAUUCCUCGAAAUGGCAAACUCCGCAGGGGCUUCAAAGGUGCGCUUCACGUUGGAUUGGAGGCUGCACGAGGAUAAGUCCCUCCUGACAAAAAACAUGGAGAGGCUGCAAGGUCCGGCAAUACACGUUGUUUUUGAUGCAGCUCUGGGAAAGAAAGAGUGGAAAGGCUUGAGGAAUCUGGAGAGAAAGUGGGCACAACUCUUCGCCUUUUCGGAUGUGAUCUCUGUUGUGAGCAGAGAAACUGCAGUUUUCCUCGACCCAUUCCAGAUCUACCUGAAAGGCUUGCUGGAACAUUCGGAUGCAUUUUGGCUGGCUUUGUCUUCGAAGGAUUUGAGCAAAAAAUGGCCUGACCAAUUCAAACCCUUUGAGGCAGGACUUGAGAAUCUCUUCUCGGGUGAAACAAAAGCGACUGUGGUGCGCUUGCCUUUGAGAGAUGCUUUCGGUAAGUCUAUGGUGGAGCUCGAGAAGUUCAAACAUUUCCUUCACGCAGAAGUGAAGAGUGUCACUUCCUAUGAGAACUGGCUUCUUUUCACUGAGAAAAGGUUGAAGAAGAUUCUGAUCCACGAGAUUUCUGACAAAGAAUCUUCAAACAUCAAUCCUCGCUUUGAUGAUCUUUAUAUCCUAUCCAGUGAAGUGGUGGCUCAGGAGUCACAUGUGAGCGACGCUCUCAGUCAGCCUGGAAUCACCAGCCAAAUCGAGAAGCGUUUCUUGCAGCUUGGGACGAGCAAGACUGAGUGGCUGGUUGGCUGGCGAAACUCAGUGGCAGUUGCUUGCCAGCGGGGCAAGCAUGACCCGAUUGCACCCAGUGUAGGCACAACUGCUCGCUUGAGGGCUCAGAAUCCAGAAGUCUUUCCGGGUGCUCAUGUCUUUGGGCUGGAGCCACUGCAGCUACAACACAUGGCGACUGGGAACGCGAGCCACGAAGAGAUUGAGCAGUUGGCCGAUCUUGCCGUGGACCUUGUACUCCAUGUUUGGGCAACGGAGCAUCGCUUUCUGGGAGAUCUCCUUCCUGUAGAGCAGCCACCGCACCAUCAUUCAGGAGUUGCCAGGUGUUUCUCCAAGGCUUUGAUCAACCGCUUCAAUGUUCAGGGCUACAAGAUCGACAAAUGCCACUCAGCACCCUGCCCAGAGAUGUUUAUAGUUGAUCCUGCGUUUCAGGGCUGGCUGGCAUCAGAGCUCCAAGUUGUGGUACUACCACAGAAGUUGAGAGCGCUCUUUACCCAAGCAGCCAGUUUGAACAUCAGACACCCACCUGUUGCUCAUGUCCUGCAAGGCUUUGCUCGGCUUCCUCCGAGGCAUGCACAUAUUGCUUGCAGAUGGCUCUUUCAAGGCUUUCCGGACGCCAAACAGAUCUUGGCAAGCUCGUUUCGAGGGUCGGUGUAUCUUCUGCAAAGGGAGGACUCAAAGUACGACAACUUCGAGGGCUGGACCUGGUACUUCGAUGAAGUUGAGAAGAACAAGGAAAACUUUUGGCGCAAACUGAUCCAUUCACCGGAACCUGCCCACAAUGUGGUCAAACCCAGUGAGCUUGCCAAGAAGCAUUUUGAUCAGUCCUUGGGAGUACUUGACCCACGGAAGAUUGAAGAUUUGGCCAAAUGUCCCACUGAUGUGAAUAUGCCAUACUUUUGGCGGCUGUUCAAAGAAACGGCUUAUGAAAAGCAAGAGCAUCAGCUGGGACUUUUGAAAGGGAAAUUCAAUGUUCAAGUCCUUCACCUUGGUCGAAGAACAUCUGUUCUGCUCGAGGAGCAUUGCGCCCUCAAAGACAACGUCCCUUCCGCUGAGGCUUUGGUGGCCAUUGGUUGCUACAUCGCAGUCGAUCCGGUGCCGGCGCCCUUUGCUGGGAACAAGCCCUUGGACGUUGCAAAGCACUUGCAAGUCCUCCGGGCCAAGAGCGUCCUUAAGGUGGAGAACGCGGAAGCUCGACACAAGGAUGCGCUGUGCAAGCGCUUCUUGGAUGAUUCGAUGGAGGAAGCGGUGCUGAAGGUGUUUGUGGACCUGCCGAUUGUCAAGGGAGAGAGCGCGUAUUUGACCUUGCGUCAAUUUUGCACCGUGCAGAGCAGCAGGCUGGCCAAUGCUUGCCGAAGUUCCGGCCUGCAGGUCUUGGAUUCAGAUGAUGUCCGAUGCAAAGCUCUCAAGAAGGUUCUUCCGCAAGCUGAAGUCCUUCCAGGCAACCUUCUCCAGAAACACGAAGAGCACUUGCGAAGACGCGCUGCUGGCGCCAACAUGGAGAUCCUUUUGGCAGCGUUGGAUGCUGCUCGAGGAAAUGAGAACCAGAUCCAGAUCAUCAUGCACUGCCCACUGCUUCCAAACGGGCGUACGAUGGAAAGUUGCUGGAGGCCCACUGAUCCUUUGGCCAAGUGGCUCGGAGCUUUGGAUGCUGGUCUUGAAGGCUUUCUGAAGACCGCCAUGCAGCUGCCAGAGGUGAAAAAACGGCUGAAGUCGACGCUGAAAGCAUCCUGCUUGUUGGAAUUGCUUCAGGUUUUCAGGCCGAAGGAGAAAAUUGGAGGAAGUCCUGACAAGGCCAACAAGUGGACAGAUGCCCUUCUCAACACCUUGUCAAAGAUGGAAGUCAGCGAGUUGAACAAACUGCACGGCACAUCCAGCGGCUUUUCCAACCUGCCGGUCUUCUUUUUGAAUGGGGAUUGGAGACGCAGCUGCGAUGUUUUCCUGCCAAAGUUCCAGGAGAUCUUGUUUUGGACCAAGGCGCCGGUGCUGAAUGUAUCUGUGACCCACGAAGUUGGCCGCCUGUUUGCAGAGCGACCGCCACUGCCACUAGUGGUAGAACACCUUUGCAAGAUGGUAGAAGGAUACGCAGACUUCAAAGUGGAACGCCAAGAUCAGGUGCACUUUUUGCAUGCGUACAAGUACUUGAAUGAACAUCUCAAUGAUGAUCCUUCUGCGCUUGAUCCAUUGAAGAAUGUCCGAUGCAUUUUGGACGAACGGGGGACUUUGCGCUGGGCGCGGCUCUUCAGUCUUCGUUUGCUCAUGAAUAUGCCGCCGCUUUAUGCCGUGAGGCCCGAUGUGAAGCCCUUCGACCAGUUGCUGUUGCAGCUUGGAGCUCGAGAAAGCGUGUCUGACCAACCCUUGCCAGAGCCUCUGGUUCCGGAUCGGCUCUUGGAGGAGCUACAGAAAGAUGAGUCCUUGGCCGAUUUGGUCCUCGAGUGCCAGAAUGGUCAGGUCUUGGCACACCGCGUUGUUUGUUGCAAAGCCUGUCCAAAGCUGGGCAGCCACUUGGUGCGCCAUCGAGAUCGCCCCGACUCCUGGUGUUUACAGGAGAAGGCCAGGUGUUCCCAGCAGGUCCUGGAAUUGGUGAAGGCCAUCAUUUACACCGGCCGUGUGGAGGGUGACCAGGUGGAGAAGCUGACUUUGCAAGAGCAGAAGGAGUGUUUGAGUGUGGCCAGAUGGUUUGGUAUGGCGUAUGCACACGAAUGGGUGAAACAGUUCCUGCAUGGAGCCCAACCAGAGGAGGCGGAGCCGGCGUCUUCGCAGAUCAAGCUUCCAAAGCAUUGGAAAAAGCAGCCAAUGCCGAAAGAUGGCUACCGGCUGGUUGCGGUCGAAUCUGGGAGCUUUGUCUUUCAGCACUUGCAAGAGGUUCUUUGUCCGCAGAACGCUCAUGAUCUGGGCCACGGGCGAGAUUGCAGCGGCUGGCCACCCUAUACCAGCUUGCAGCUUCGAAGGGCUUGGCGGGUGGAGAACGCCUACCUUUGGCGCAAGUUUGAACAUGAAAGAAUGAACAUCAAGGACUUGAAGAAACACAAGCUCUCAAGGAUGCCUACGGUCAAAAUUCGUGAGCAACUGGUGGCAUCAACUGGAGACUUGCCCAAUCCAGUGAACAAGGACAUUAACGAGGUUUUCCUAUUGCACGGUACGAAGCCUGAUACUGUGAAGAAGAUCCUUAGCGAUGGGCUGAACGAGCGGUUCAGCGGAGGGUUGUUUGGACGCGGCUCAUACCUGGCAGAGGAUGCUGCCAAGAGUGACCAGUACUGUGUCAACGAUCCAGACGGCAGAGCUCUGCGUGAGCACUUCCAGCGAUCUCCGCGAGAUGUUUUCUACAUCUUCGUGUGUCGGGCAGUUCUAGGAUGGUUUGUGCAAACACGAGAUGGCGAGAACAGCUUGGAUGAAGGCCGAAGCAUUUGGUCAACGCCCGAAAAGCGUGAGCUGAGUGCCAUUCCAGGCCAUGAUGCACCGCAUCAUUCACUACAGGUGGAGGUGGGUGGAAAAGUUCAGCGGCAUCGUGAGUACGUCCUGACUCACAGCGAUCGCAUCUAUCCAGAAUAUUUGCUUGCUUAUAGCAGAUGCUGACAAGCAGAUGCUGACAAGUAGAGCAAAGCUGGAUCCCAGCAUUUCCAGCACUAUGAGCCUUUGCACGUAUUGAAUUCAAUUUAGCAGGUUAUGUGUUUCAAGUGUCGAUACUGGAGCUGAAAAGAAC